CUGGGAAACAAUUUCUUAAACCUCAACGAUCCCGAAUCAAAGUGGAAUUGACUUCUUCAGCCUGUCAGCUUACAAGUCAUCUCUAGGAACCACUAACGUUAAAAUGGUUAACACACGGCCACUUACAUUUAAGCAAGAGCACUCGAUUGAUAAGCGAAAAGCCGAAGCCGCACGCAUCAAGGAAAAAUAUCCUGACCGUAUUCCUGUCAUCGUGGAAAAGGCAGAACGUAGCGAUAUUCCCGACAUUGACAAGAAGAAGUACCUUGUGCCCUCGGACCUUACGGUUGGGCAAUUCGUCUAUGUCAUCCGAAAACGGAUAAAGCUUAGCCCCGAGAAGGCCAUCUUUAUAUUCGUGAAGAACGUCCUGCCACCGACAGCCGCCCUGAUGUCCUCCAUCUACGAGGAUCACAAAGACGAGGACGGCUUCUUGUACAUCACUUACAGCGGAGAGAAUACGUUUGGCGGCGUCGCGGCGCUGGGGGAGGGGGAGGAGCAGGAGGGUAAUGAGCAGCUGCUGCUUCAAGGGUAGGCGCUGCCGCGGGGCAUUACUGUCAGCGCGGGGUCCGCGACCUGCACGUUGCAGUUUUACGAAGUUCGCUUCCGACCAGGUUGACCGCUGUUCCCCUCUGUACGGGACGGGGCUGAGGCAUAUUGCAGUACAGCUAUACGUCAUGAACUCGUUGAAAAUGAUGAUUUGCUGGUCCUAACGGCAACUGCGAUGACAUCUGCGGCUGUUU